GCGCAAACCCGGAGUAUAAAAUCCCAGGACAGGGGUUUAGUGACUUGUUUUCGUGCUUUUGUGCAUGCGACUGGUUGAGUGAUGUUGCCCAAUGGAAAAAACGUCCUGCUACUGCUUUCUAUAGCUUUAGUCUGCAGAACUAUUGCUCAGGAUGAUUCCUAUCGUUUACCCCCCAACUACAAGCUGGAACAUUACGACGUAAACCUGGUCAUCCCUGCUGAGUCCUUCACCGCCAACUCAUCCAACUAUUCUGGAUCGGUAGUUAUCCAGUUCCAAGUGACAGUAAGCACGAGCGAGGUAAAGCUGCAUGCCAGCUCUUCAUACAUCACUUUGCUGACCAUCCAGCUGGACGAUGGUGAUCUGCUGGACAACUAUUCGGUUAACAGCACGACGAAUAUUCUAACUUUGCAAUUUCCGGAUGCAUUAAUCGUUGGUCAAAGCUACAAUUUGUCCAUCACGUUUAACUCCAGCUUGGUCACAUCCAGUGGAAGGGCCUUGUACAAAGCCUCGUACACCGAUGAAAAUGGGGACACUCAGUACAUAGCAGCCACUCAAUUCGAGCCCACUAAUGCCAGACAUGCUUUUCCCUGCUUCGAUGAGCCCCGCUACAAAGCGACUUUUGCCUACACUCUAACAUAUCCAGCUGACAUGAAUGCUCUUACCAAUACAGCUGCAGCCAGCAACUCAACGGAUCAAACCACCAACCUGACGACAACCGUAUUCGAGGUGAGUCCAAGAAUGCCGGUUUAUCUGGUGGCGUUUGUGAUCUCCAAGUACACUUGCACUGAGGGGGCUCUAGAGGGUUCCGCCACAGCAGUGCAUCGCAUUUGCUCCAGACGGGAACGAGAGUCCAGAAGAUCGUACGCUUUGGAAGUGACUCCUCUGAUAAUCGACGGCCUUAAUAAUUACACUGGAAUCAAUUACACGAGCAGCCUGGGCAAGUUGGACCAGGUAGCUGUUUCCGGGAAAUCUGGAGCUAUGGAGAACUGGGGCUUGGUGCUCUACAGCGAGGGUGGAUUGCUCUUCAACAACACUGUUCAGACCAACACCAACAAGCAGGGCAUUUUGGCGGUGAUCGCCCACGAAUUGGCCCACCAGUGGUUCGGAAAUUUGGUCACCUGCAAGUGGUGGUCGGAAAUCUUCCUGAACGAAGGCCUGGCGACUCUGUUUGAGUACUACAUUGCUGAUGAGGCCCAACCAGUCUUCCAGAUGGUGAACCAGUUCGUCAUCAGAAUCAUGCACAGCAUUCUCACCACUGAUGGCUCCCUGAAUGUGCCUGCCCUUAGAUCCAAUGCUUCCACUGCUUCGGAAAUAUCCAACAAAUUCUCCAGCUACUCCUACUACAAGGGCGCUGCUGUUCUGAGGAUGAUCGAGCACGUAGUGGGCCGAGAAUACUACAGAAGCGGAAUCCAGAAGUACUUAGCCGACAAUGAAUAUGAACCAGCCGAACCUGAGGAUUUGUGGGACGCCAUCCAGGCGGUAACAGAAAACCAAAUAUCCACUCUACCAGUGGACAGCAACAUAUCAGCUGUUAUGUAUAACUGGAUUGAGUUGGGCGGGUAUCCAGUGGUGAAUGUUUCCCUGAAUGGCACCACUCUCGUUCUGACUCAGCAACGGUUCCUCUACAGCGGGAGUGAAACCGAGAAAACCACUUGGUAUAUACCAAUCAGCUACACCACGUCUGAGACUGGGGAUUAUAAUGAAGACACCAGCCCUAAGGGAUGGCUCACUCCAACGGAAGAUUUAACUAUUACGGACUUUACCAAUUCCAGUGCCUGGAUCGUGGUGAAUAAUCAACAAACUGGUUUCUUUAGAGUUAACUACGAUGCCACUCUAUGGCAAAACCUGGCGGUCGCCCUGCAACAGAACAACUUUUCAGGCAUUCAUGUUCUCAACAGAGCUCAGAUUAUCCAGGACUCGUACAUGCUGGCCCGGGCCGGUUUGCUUUCCUUCGAUCAAGUGCUCAGAAACAGCGAAUUCCUGGCUAACGACGAUUCGUACAUCACUUGGUAUCCAGGAAUUUCGUUCUUGAAUUACCUUCUGUCCCGCAUUGGAAGCACCUCCACUCUGGGAGGCUCUUUGACUAGUCAUUUUCUGGCACUGGUUGAAAGGGUGGCCAACUCAGUUCCUCUGGAAACAGUCAACGAAGACGAGCACGUUUAUACUCUAAACCAAGUGCUGGUUAAUACGUAUGCGUGCAAAUAUGGCAACGCGGUUUGUACAGCAGCAGCUAAAACCCUAUUUGCCACCUACAAAGCGACUUUUGAAAGACCCAACAUUAACACGCGAGCUCUGGUUUAUUGCAACGCAAUAAGACACAGUGAAAGUCCAACGGAAGACUGGAAUUUCCUGUUUGAACAGUACCAGAACAGUUCAGUGUCCGAUGAUUCUUCGCGGAUUUGGUCAGCUUUGGGCUGCGCCACUAAUACAACUGUCCUCAAUGCGUUUGUAGCCCGACUUUUCAACAGCGACGAAGUGAUAACUUCGUCCCUCUACACAUCGGUGUUUUCCACCAUCUACAGCGGCAAUGAGGUGGGCGUGGACUUUGUCCUGGACUAUUUCAUCAGCAACUACCAGGAAAUCAUCGACUUGUAUUCUGCAGCUAAUUUGAGUCCAGCGGAAAUCAUUACUGGAUUGGGAUCAGUGUUUACCAGGGAGGAUCAGAUCGAAAAGCUGGAGGCAUUUGUGACUUCAACCAGCGAUCUUCCCACUAAUAUCACUGAAGCUGCUGCCACUGCCCGAACGAGUUACACGCGCAACCAAGCAGUUGUAGUUAUACACCGAUCGUACCUGAAUAGCUAUUUUGGGCUAACUGAAGACGAAGACAACGCCAGCACCACCGGUACUGCUAGUACAACGACAACUGAAGCUGCUACAACGACAACUACAGCUGCAGCUACUACUCAAUCCUCUACAACAACAGCAGAAGAUGCCACUACAACUACUUCAUCUGCAGCUGCUACAACUACAACCGCAGCAACUGCAUCUACUACUCAAUCCACUACAACGACAACAGCCCAAACAGACGCUGCUGUUAGUUUGAGAAGCAUUGGGUUGCUGAGUUUAAUGUUAGUUUCUUUAGUUCGCCUCACUUGUUAGAAAAAUUAUUAUUAAAAUUCAUUAUUUAAA